AUGGCCCUGUGCCACACCUGCGUUCGACUGGCUCGAGAAUGGCUGAUACCGCGAAUGAUAUAUAUUUCCACUCAGAAUCAUACAGACCCUCCCGAGCAGCCUCUGCAUUGGUGGCACCACUCAUCGUGGGAGUCCCUAGAGGCGGCUGCCGGAGAAUGCGAGCUCUGUCAUUUGAUCCUCACUGAAGCCGCUCGGCCUCGGCUGCCGGACAAGUUCAACUACCUGCACAAUAUCUCAGCCGAGGUCCCAGACGAGAAUGCUCGCAAACUGCGCUGUCAGGUGUUCGGUGGCAAACAGCUGGAGAUCUUCUCGAAAGAAAAGCAGCUCCUUGUCACACUGCGGACUGGGUUUGACGACGAGUCACGGAGUCGAGCGCCUGAGACUUUGAGGAAAGUUUUCACUGCUCGCAUCGUGUCGCCCUCGCCUGAGGACGACAGGAAUUGGUCAAAUGUGAAAGAAUGGAUCAGUAGAUGUCACUCAAGCCAUCCGAGGUGUUCUGCUUGGGCCAACCGAGAUGCCCACGCCAGACAUCUACCGACACGCGUUGUCGAUGUCGGAGACGACGAUGAUGCUACCGUUAGACUCCGCAUUACCAAGGAUGAUGAUCAGUCGCAGUAUAUCGCCCUGAGUUACUGCUGGGGUCAAACUAGAACCCAGAUGGUUACCACCUCCGCCAAUAUUCAGGAACGGAUUGAUGGCAUCACGCUAUCUUCGAUGCCGCGGACACACAGAGAUGCUGUCACAAUCGCACGGAAACUAGGCAUCCGAUACAUCUGGAUCGAUGCACUCUGCAUUAUCCAGGGAGACCGCGAGGAUUGGAGCCGUGAGGCAGCAUUGAUGCACAAAGUAUACAGCCGAGCCGCCUUAACUAUUGGUGGGCUCUCCGCCUCGAACGUGGACGGUCCAUUACUGCCCCAAAGAACCGCCCGUCACCGCAUUGCUGUUCCGAUCCCAUGGCCAUUCACGUCCGGCCCCUACGCUUCUGACAAACCGUACCAGGUCUUCAUCACUCCACAGUUUCAGGAUUUUGACAAAGCAUUCGAUGGAAGUCCUCUUUCAACACGAGGCUGGACGUUCCAGGAGCGGGCAAUGUCCGCCCGUUUUCUGCAUUUGGCCCCCGAGCUCUUCCACUGGGAAUGCAGAGAGUCCGCAGUUCACGAAGGCGACAGCAUAGAGGCCCACCACGUUCCAUACGGGCUUGGCCUCUUCAACAACGUGUAUGAGUUAAAAGGGGAAAUAUCAAAGAUCUUGAUGCAUAACGCCUGGGCGGAUGCCAUCAACGAGUACACCAAACGUAGCUUGACUGUUGGAGGGGACAAGCUUCCUGCACUAGCUGGCAUAGCAAGGAUUUACGGCGAACAGGGAAAGUUGGGAGUCUAUGUUGCCGGCCUCUGGGAGGACGAGUUCUUGAAGCAUCUCUUGUGGCAAGCUGACCGCACGACGGGGGCCCAGCACAAGAGAGCCCAGGCGUUUUGCGCACCAAGCUGGUCAUGGGCCAGCAUCGAUGGACCAAUCGAGAACCCGGCAAUCAAGCGAGCCUUUGCGGGGCUGCGAAUGCUUGAGGAUCUCGGCUCUGAGACGAGGCAUACAGGCGCCUUGACCGUGUUCACCGCCACAGUAGAGAGGGAUGAUGCCGAUGAGUAUGGCAUUGUCGAAAGUGGACAUCUGAAGGCUGCAGGCACGCUUCUGGAAGCAUGGUGUCUGAUGACUCGGCUUACACCCAAGACGGGGGAAAGAGUCAUCGGGAUACCGAGUGGUGUCUCCAUUGGUUCAUGUAUCUUGGACGUGGAAGUGGACGACUUGGCGAUCAAUGUCUGGAUGGCCCCAGUACUCCUUUGCGAAAAGCUUUUCGAGAACCGGAUCAAGCAGAGCGAGGUUCUUAUUCUCAAAGAUAUCACGGCGACUCAUCAGCAAGGGUUUACGGGCAAAGUAUUUGAGAGGAUCGGAAAGGGCAGGGUCCACUAUUAUGCAUUUCAAAACUCCGUGCGAGAGGACUAUACCAUUGUCUAA